GCAAAUUAAAAUAUAUCGGUUUGUUUUGUCCCAGCCGUCAUUUUUACUGUCAGUAAAAUGUCGAGGCUGAUUAAGCCCUAACAUUUCUACCUUCACUCAUUUAGCUCGAGCUCACAAACUCUAAACCCUAAAACCUUAAACCCUCCGCUGUAAGGUAUACUGAAAAGCAUAAAACCCUCAUCAAAGGCUAUGUGAAACCCUAAAUACGUAUUUCACAUCUCCAAUAUUUCUCUGCAACAUUUAGCAACGAGCGAGCAUUUUUCGAGUCGCAUCACUAUACCAUUGGUAGCUAACGUUCGGAUCCCAUGGCGUCCACAGAAGAGAAAAAGAAGAAGAAGAACUCGUUGCAGAAUGCAGAGGACAAAGAAGGUGACUACCUGAUAAAACCCCAGAGCUACACCCCCGAAAUGGACACCUCCUCGUGGCCAAUCCUUCUCAAGAACUUCAACAAGCUCAACAUACGCACGGGCCAUUACACUCCCAUUCCUACGGGCAACUCACCGCUGAAGCGCCCUCUCUACGACUAUGUCCGCUACGGUGUUAUAAACCUUGACAAGCCCGCGAAUCCUAGCUCGCACGAGGUGGUCGCAUGGAUAAGGAGAAUGCUUAGGGUUGAGAAGACUGGUCACAGCGGGACCCUGGAUCCCAAGGUCACUGGCAGCUUGAUAGUUUGCGUGGAGCGAGCCACGAGGCUGGUGAAGGCGCAGCAGGGGGCUGGGAAGGAGUACGUCUGUGUGGCACGACUGCAUUCGGCUGUGCCUGAUGUAGCGAAGGUUGCCAGGGCUCUGGAGACUUUGACGGGAGCGCUCUUUCAGCGGCCACCGCUUAUUUCCGCCGUGAAGAGACAGCUGAGGAUCAGAACGAUUUACGAGAGCAAGCUGCUCGAAUAUGAUGCCGAGAGGCAUCUGGUUGUCUUCUGGGUGUCUUGUGAAGCAGGUACCUAUAUCAGGACACUGUGUGUUCACUUGGGGCUUUUGCUGGGAGUUGGUGGUCACAUGCAGGAGCUGAGGAGAGUCCGGUCUGGGAUUUUAGGUGAAAAGGACAAUCUGGUGACAAUGCAUGAUGUGCUUGAUGCACAAUGGAUGUAUGAUAAUUACAAGGAUGAGUCCUAUCUGAGGAGGGUUAUCAUGCCAUUGGAGGUUUUGUUGACUAGUUAUAAGAGAUUGGUUGUCAAGGAUUCUGCAGUGAAUGCCAUCUGUUAUGGGGCAAAGCUGAUGAUUCCAGGGUUGCUGAGAUUUGAGAAUGGGAUUGAGGUUGGUGAAGAGGUGGUUUUAAUGACCACUAAGGGGGAGGCAAUUGCAAUUGGCAUUGCACAGAUGACUACUGCUGUAAUUGCUACUUGUGAUCAUGGGACAAUUGCAAAGGUGAAGAGGGUAGUGAUGGAGAGAGAUACUUAUCCCAGGAAGUGGGGAUUGGGACCAAAGGCAUCCACAAAGAAGAAGAUGAUCGCAGAGGGGCUAUUGGAUAAGCAUGGGAAGCCUAAUGAGAAGACUCCACAGGAAUGGUUGAGAAAUUUGGCAUUGCCUGCCAGUGGGGAUGCUUUAGUUGCCAGCCUUGCGGCUGCACCCAGUGUCCAAACUGAGAGAGAGUUGCAAGUAACAGGUGGGGCACCCAAUGUGAAAAUUGAGUCUGAGAGCUAUGAUAAAACAGAGGAGAAGAAGAAGAAGAAAAAGAGAAGUAGAGAAGGUGAAGAUGACACACCAGAUGGAUUGAAGAAGAGGAUCAAGGUAGACGAAGGAGAAGAGGAUGCUACUGAGAAGUCUGAAAAGAAAAAGAAGAAGAAGGUCAAUGAUGAGGAAGCUACUGAGGCUGAUAAAAGUGGAAAGAAGAACAAAAAAGAUAAAGACAUUGGAGAAGAGGUGAAGAGUGAGAGAAAGAAGAAACACAAGGAGAAAGGGGAGCAGGAAGAGGAAGUAGAGGUUGAGAGAAGUGAGAAAAAGAAAAAGAAGCACAAAGAGAAGGGAGAGGGAGAGGGAGAGGAAGAGCUGGAGAAAAGUGAGAAGAAAAAGAAGAAACACAAGGAGAAGGGAGAAGAGACUCCUUUAUCAGCAGCUUUACAUGAUGAAGACAAAGAAAAGAGUGAAAAGAAGAAAAAGAAAAAGAAGCAUGAAAAUGAGGAAUAGGAUCAGUUGAGCAUAGCUGGGAUGCUUUGGAAAACAGGUGUAAAGCUGCAAACACUGAAAAACAGCGACAUAUUUAUUUCACUCUUUAAUGAAUUGUGAAAUUUUGCCUCUGAUGAUGGCCCAGGUUGCCAUUAUUGUAGCAGCUUUGGAGUUUACCCUUCUGGACAUCAGCCUGUAUGCUUAUUCUAUGGCAGGUCAGGUGUGAGGAUUAUCACCAAUGCUUUUGUCGUAACUUAUCUUAAUCAAUGUUAUAUGUUUUGAGAAUUUUUCAAAUAUAAGAUUUUGUCACAAAUGUGUACUAUCGGUUCUUAUAAUGGUGGCACAGGUGGUUAUGUGAGUUAUAGAUGUUUGGAAUAAAUAUGAGGCCAUGUUAAAGUA